UCCAAAUUCUUCCUCCUGGGACUCACUGUGGGGUCUGAACAGCAGAAGCUCAUUUUUAUGCUAUCUCUGUGCAUGUAUCUGGUCACCAUGGUAGGAAACUUACUUAUCAUCCUGGCUAUUAUCAAUGAUGCUCACCUUCAUAGCCCCAUGUACUUCUUCCUUGCCAAUCUAUCCUUCACUGACAUCUGCUUCACAACCACUACAAUCCCCAAAAUGUUGGCAGACAUCCAAAGCCAGAGCCCAACCAUCUCCUUUGCAGGAUGCCUUACACAAAUGUACUUUUUUAUGUUGCUGGUGGACCUGGACAAUUUCCUUUUGGCAGCCAUGGCAUAUGACUGGUAUGUUGCCAUUUGUCACCCAUUACAUUAUGCUGCAUUACUGAGCCCCAAGUGUUGUGCCCUAUUUAUUGGUAUCUGCUGGGUCUCUUGACCAUCUGUGAUCAGAAAAAAAAUCCCACACUUUUUCUGUGACCUGGAACCCAUUUUAAAGCUUGCUUGCUCAGACACUCAAAUCAAUGACUUGACAAUCUUAGUCAUUGGGGGAGCAGUUAUCUUUAUCCCCUUCACCUUCAUUAUUGUCUCCUAUGCCCUUAUUUGUUGCACUGUACUUGGGGGUCCUUCAGCCAAGGAUGAGAAAUUCAGCUCAGAUUCUUUGGAUUACUUGAACAAGUUCACAGAACUGAGGUUUCCAGGCAUUUGGGAGUUUGAGAGGCUUUUGAAAUCCCACCAUGAAAGUCUGCAGAAAGAUUAUCACUGUUCCAAACAUGACAAUGUAGAAAAUUAUUCUUUUGGGCAAUCUCAUUCUACUCCAACUACUGGUACUUGA